AUGGAGGAGCGGGGCGGCCGCGCCGGCGGCUUCAGGAAGGACACCGUGGAUCGCCUUCUCCGCCUCUAUUUCCGGGACGGGAGGACCCGAGUUAACACCGACGCGCAGCUGCUGAUGGCUGAGAUGCUGAAGGUCUUCGUCCGAGGACACCAGCCCGCAGGUGCUCCCAGACCCCUCUCACGGCCCUUCCCCUUCUUUCACUUGGGCUGUAGAAGCGGCGGCACGGGCAGCGCGGCAGGCUCAGGCAGAGGACCUGAAGAAGGUGGAUACGGAGCAGCUGGAGAAAGUGUUGCCACAGCUGCUUCUGGAUUUCUAGAAGCCUCCUGAAGCACAUCACCUGUCAGCAGACAGUUCCGACCUCACACAUGUCUCAGCCUCAGAGACACUCUGGGACGAACAGUCUCAACUUUUUCUUCCUCUGCCCUUUUGCUUCUGUUUCCUCUCUCCUUUACCAAGCACAACACAGCCCAAAGAAGCAAUGCUGUCAGAUAUUAUUUUUGAGAAGAGGCUGCCACAGGUUGUUUUGUUCAGCUGAGUGCAUAACUGGUUUCC